GCCCUCACUCAUAUGCCAUCAAUACCGUUUCUGGGAUUCACACAUAUUUCUUCAUCAUCCCUCUUUCCUACAAAGUCUUCUCCAAAGAAGAAUUCUCCGAACCCUGAAAUUUCAUUAAUUUCAGCUAAUUUUUGCUGUUAGGGCUAAAGAUUUCGUCCAACAUGUAUAGUCCAGAGGCAAUUUCUAGAGACAUAAGUAAUAAUCUUAUGUUUUCUAGUAAUACUUCUAGUGGUGCCAACAGUUUCAGGAAUGGUUUCUUGGAUGGGGAUUUUUUCAAGAGUAGUAAAGAAAUCCUGAAUUCAAGUUCAGAUCUUUUUCAGCAACCAGCAUCAGCAGCAGCUGCAGCCCAUUUUCAGCAGCAGAACGGUGGCUUGAUGAGAUAUAGAUCAGCUCCAAGUGCAUAUUUUGCUAGCUAUUUAGAUAGCAGCAAGGACAAUAAUAAUACUACUAAUACCAAUACCAGUGGUGGUAGUAAUACUAAUGGGGAUAGUUCUGAAUCUGACUCAAUGUUUUCAGCUUUCUUGAAUGAACCCACUAAUGAAAGUCCUUAUCAUCAUCAGAGGAACAAUCCUCACCAGCACCAGCAGCAAGUACAGCCGCAGGGUUCUUGUGGGGCUAUGAAGAUGGAAAUGAAUGAGGUGGAAUCAAACCCAUCUGGAAUGCAGCAAAAUCGAAACGGAAAUGGCUUUUGCAGUAGUAACAGUAGUAGUAGUACUAUGGUUUCUGUAGGGUAUCAGGCUGCUGUCUGCGCAGGUGGUGGUACUGUUGUUGGAUCUUAUACUGUCCCACUUGGGGUGGAGAAUCAAGGUCAAGUCAGGAUGAACAGUAAUGCUAAUGGCUCAAAUCUCAUCAGGCAAAGCAGUUCUCCAGCUGGGUUUUUCUCUGGAUUUGAUGCAGUGGGAGAAGUUGGAAACUUCAGAAGUGGUAACGGGACCAAUGGGGAAGCAAGCUCAUCAACCGGUGGCUUGAAUAAUCGUCUUAACUUCAACUCUGGACCAUCUUCCAGUUCAAGGUUCAUGCCUAGCAUAGCAGAAAAUGGGAAUGAGAACGGUGGAACGGGUAGCUCUGAGCAUCGACAAUUGGGGAAUGGAAAUGAGACUAACCAAGGCUAUGUCUCCGGCUUUCUUAAUGAUACUUGGAACGAUUCUCCAUUCAAUAGCCUAAAAAGAAACAGAGAUGGUGACUUGAAGGGGUACUCUAGUUUCAAUGGAUUGGAAAAUCAGGAUGGUGGACCUAGAAAUCAAACUCCUGGAUUAAUUCACCAUUUGAGUUUGCCAAAAACUGCUGGUGAAAUGGCCGCCAUAGAGAAAUAUAUGCAAUUUCAACAAGAUUCUGUUCCUUGCAAAAUACGUGCAAAAAGAGGUUGCGCCACGCAUCCCCGCAGCAUUGCAGAGAGGAUGAGACGUACUCGUAUAAGCGAGAGAAUGAAGAAGCUACAAGAACUCUUUCCCAAUAUGGACAAGCAAACAAACACAGCUGAUAUGUUGGACUUGGCUGUUGAAUACAUUAAAGACCUUCAAAACCAAGUCCAGACACUCACGGAAACCAGGGCAAAGUGCAUUUGUUCAAGCAAACAGCCACAAUGUUCACACCCUGCGGUGUAGACUUGCCUGUGUACAGAUAGUGAUAGGUGGGAAGAGUGGAGAUGAAGGAAAGAUAAGAUUACUGCUGACCUUUUUUCUUCCUUUUUGUUGGAUUGUAAGAUUGAAGAACCAUCGUACGUUGGCUAUGAUCCCUUUCGAAAGGCAGAUUUAGUCUUCACUUAGUCCAAGUAGUUGAACAUCCCACAAAAAUAUCUCUUAUGUAUAGUAAACUAUUCCCCCCCACAAGCCAUUACUGCUUUAGACUCUCAUUGGACUAUAUAUCUCUUAGCUGGAGGUACAAUACAUUUCAUCCAACUUUUGUAGUCAAAUGAUUCGCUUAAGCUGUCUAUUCAAUAAGUAGUGCAAAGCCAUGACAUUGUGAUCUUGGA